CUAACACACUCAACUUACCGACAGAAUGUCCUACAACAGCAACAGCAGAGAUGCGUCUCGCCGGCGGAAGUCGAACAGAUCAAUGGAAUUGCUUGACCAGAUCGAGGAGGAAUGGAACGAGUCCCAGUCCAACAGUCCAACAGUGAACACACCUCGAUCCACGCAGCCAUCGAGCCCAGCCUCCCCGCAUAUAUCGACUCCGACCUCUACGCGGGUAAUGACCCCGGCUUCUGCAACUGCGUCGCCUACAUAUCCACGCUCGGUCCCGAAUCCCCCCCGAAGAUCCGUGACAUCGGCCCCGAUGCAUGAGACGCAGUCCCCAGCCCAGGGGCAGGCUUCUGGCGAGAACUCGGACUUUGAAGUGCCUCCGUUGCGUGUCCGCCCUAAGCUCACGCGCAUCAACACUAGCCCUGAUAUCGCUGGUCAUACACCCGUCGAAGAUCCUGGGCACUCGGUAUCCCUACACCCCUCUGACACUCACGGAAAAAGCUACACCAACACGCCAGUGAGCAGUUACAACACCUACAACGAUACCGGCUACUCUGACGCCUAUACUCCCUCUCCCGCCCGUGGAGCAAGCUAUACCUAUACUCCGACCUAUUCGCCUCCCAGAGACCUCUCUCCCGACUCUCCGUCUGAUUUCCGCUAUAUACCUACGCCCGUGAAUGAUACGCUCUCAGAUAUAUCGCAAAACGAUCAGCCCACCGGCAUCGCAAAUGACUCCGACCUAACCACCGAUUCCGAUGAUACCCCACCUAGAUCCCCCCGCUGGCGCGAUGGCCGCGAAGUCCCCGAAGAGCGCCUCGAGCACGAUUUCGACCGCGAAACACCCCAAGUUGUACUCGACGCCGAGGAAGCAGCCAAUAAUACGCGCGAGGGCUCCGAGGGUACUCUUACCGAAAUGCUCAACCUGACACGGCUCGCGACGAUGAUGGAGCUGUUCUUUACAGCGGAGAAUGCUCUUACUGCGGAGGACGAGGACCGCGCGGAGUGGAAGAUCAGAGAUGGGUUGACUAUUGCACAAGAGUUGGGCGAAACGGAAUACAUCCAGCGGGCUGAGAUCAUGCUAAAGGCCGUGGCGGAUCUGGGAAGACAGAAGGUGCAGGAAGCGUAUGAGAGAGCACACAGGGUCACGUAUGUGGCUGAUGGCGAUGAGAGCGAGAGCGAAAGCGAGAGCGAAGGUGAUAGUGAUAGUGAUGGUGGUGAUGAUGACGAUGACGAUGACCAGAACGGCAGUGAUGGGGAGAAUUUGGCCGAUAUCCUUGAAGGUCGCCCUGAAGACUUUGGACUAUCUGAUGGUGACGCAGACUCUGAGGUUGAAGGCCAUCACCGAGCUUCCAGGGAGGCUGCUGAUUUCCCUCUAUUUCAAGAAGCAGGGCGAUUCCUCCACCCACAAAGCAGCAGUAGAGGAAAAACCAGCCGCUCGCCUCCCACGAGCGAAAGAAAAGAUCGGUACCGUCAUCCUGCAGAUAAUGGAGACCAAAGCGGUGCCUUUCCGACUGAUACGCCAGAGAAGUCACAGAAACAGAAGAAGCGCCGCUCCAGAAACCGCGGGCCCAGACACCAGUACGUCAAGCCCAGAAACAUCGUCCUCCCAGCCACGUUCCAAUCCUGGGAGGCGAACUCCGAGGGCGAAGAGCAAGACCCCCUUUCCCGCCAUUUCAUCAUGCGCAAACGCCGCCGCGAGGAGUACUCCGAAACAAGAAUAUGGUCCCACCUCCUCCGACUAAAGCCAGUCUCCGCCGCCCGAUCCAAGCUUCCGAUGUUACGGAAGCGAGUCCUUCGCCUACUCCCCCAGACAUGGUAUACACCCGAUAGCAAUGGCGACACCGACCAGCCACCUCCGCCAGGAGGCUUCUUGGCCGUCCACUGGUGGACUCACGGCUUGUCUUUGCUGUUGCAGAUGAUGGCCCCUGUCGAUAAUGAGUGGCAGGCCAAGUAUGAAAGCUCGGCAUUCAAGCCGGGCCGGGCAGAGUUUACUUUCCGCGCACAUAUCCCGUGUAGUUGGAUGGCGACGGCGUCACGAUGCAGAUCGACAGACCUAUUCCCGGAACAGCCAUGUGAGUAUUUGGCAGAUGAGGAGGAGGUCGGAAAAUGGAAGAAGGACUUUGCAGAGGCAAAGCUAGACAUGCCAUUCCUAUACUGGGAGCGAGCCCAGUUCCAAAACGCCAUCCAGCUGAAAAAGGAGGGCCGUCUUGCGCCGAGGCAGAAGAAGGCCAAGACGCAGCAGAGCAGAUUCCCUGUGAUUGACUUUAGUCUCAUCUCGUGGGUCAAACUUUUUAUAAUGCUGUUUUUCCUUUAUUGGUUCUGCUUUGGGUUCUGGAAGGCUGGGAUCUUGACGAGGAUCCAUAUCCCCGUGUGGAAUCCCUUUGCCGUGGUGGAUCUGAGUAGGCUGGGUAGGCUCGAGGACUAUCUUCCUGAACGGCUUAGGCUUGGAUAG